AUGCCAAGAGAAUUAAUUACAAUUCAAGCAGGACAAUGUGAAAAUCAAAUUGGAAUGGAAUUUUGGUCCCAACUUUGCGCUGAACAUGGUAUUAGUAAGGAUGGAAUACUCGAAGACUUUGCGACAGAGGGGGGGUGA